UCUGUUUACUUUUUUUUUUUUUUUCCAUUGUGAAUCCACCGUCAACUCGGCGGAAACACAACUCGAUCGUGUUUUGUCAACACUACGAUUUUUUUAACAACAAGCGAACAUGCGCAGAUGACGUUUAUCUAUGACUAUCCUAGGUGCUAGGUCUGGCAGCGAAGGUGUGUUAGCCUGAAUUUUUUGUGUUACAUAUUUCUGCCUUGCAUUAUGGAACACGCAUCGAUUUGGUUUGGUUGAUUAUGUAGCUACGAACAUCAUCUGACGUCAGGGGUACAGGCGCCGGUCCUUGUAGCUCAUGCAUGUUGCUGGAGGCAGCACAGCACAGCACGACUCGGACCAAGCAUCGUCAGAGCUGUGUCCUGAAGCCACGACACUCGGAGAGGACAACGCUUCCUCCGAUGACAGAGAUGCCCCCGGCAACGCGUCCCUGUAUGCGGGCGGCACGUCGCCGCGCUGCGUGGACGGCAACGGCAACGCCAGCGACGGCGCGGGAGUGACAGUGGUGCACCGGCCGCUGUGCAACGGGAACGGGGCGGGGAGUGAUGGGGCCGACGAGGAGGGACACGGCCGGCAUGCCUCGGGGGAGGUCGGGGACGAGGAGGAAGCCGGUGCGGAAGUGUCGGUGGUGCGCGGGGCGUGUUGCAACGGGAACGGGGCGGCGGCUGGCGAGGGGAGCCCCGGGACGCAGCGGGCGCGACACCGCCGGCUGGCCGCCGGGACGGGCAGCCGCCUGGUGGUGACCAACCACGGCGGAGUGCUCCGGCUGGGGCAACAGGAGAGGCUGCGACUGCAGUGGCACAUUCAGGACCCGGUCAGCCCCGGCGACUGGAUCGCGCUCUGUAACUUAGAUGAGGACGACCCGUCCCGCUCGCUGGCGUGCCUGAGCGACGCGGCCUUCGGCACUGCGGCCGGCGAGGCCAUGUGGCUGCUGGACCUGUCGCCGCCCGCCCUCGCGCACCAAGACUGCGGCAAGCUGCUGUGUUUCCGCUACUACAGCGGCGUGACGCUGGCGUGCCUGGCGCAGUCGGAGCCGGCGGCGGCGCAGUUGCGCGACAUGGGCGGCCGCGGCCGGCGGCGCGAGCUGCAGGCGGACGUGCUGCGCCUGCUCGCGCCCAGCUCGGAGAGCGACUCGGAGCCCGAGGCCGCCGCCGACGCGCGCCGCCACCGCGCGCUCAGGAAGAAGUCGCUCGCGAACGGCCACCGGCGCGCCGCCGACGAGUCGGACAACUCCGACGGCGCGGCGUCGGCCGACCUGCAGACGUGGAACUCGCACGAGUGCGCGCGGGGCUCGCUGGAGCCGCGGUACUACCCCAUCUGGACCGGGGCCUCGGUGUACGAGACGCUGUACCCGCUGCGCGACGACCCGCCGCCGCCGCCGCUGCCGCCGCGCGCCUUCCCGCCGCGUGCGCCCGCGCAGCACCGGCCCUUGGAGCGCACCCGCGCGCUCUUCCCCGGGGACCCGCCCGAGGUGUGCCGCCGCCACAAGCCCGCCACGCCCUCGCUGCCGCCCCGGCCGCGCAGGCCCGUCAACCCCGAGGACGCCUUCGCCUUCGAGAUCGUCGACACGGACGAGCUGAGGGACGACGCGGCGGGGGCUUCCAGCCAGGACGAGGACCGCCCAGCGCGCCCCGCGCAACUGUCUGUGGGAGCUGCCACCCCCCCGGCGGGCGCGCCGCUCGCCACCCCCGAGCAGGACGGCAGCCUCAUGGACAGCUCCUCCGCCGAGAACCUGCUGGACGACGACGAGGACUCGGUGUUCAUGACCCGCGAGGAGGAGGGCGCCGUGGGGGCGGUGCUGCUGGCCUUCCAGCAGAGCGUGAGCCCGCCGGACCUGCAGCCCUCCGUCGUGCUCACGGCCGUGGAGCCCUGCCCCUGCCCCUCGCCCCAGGAGCCCGCGGAGGCCUCGCUGCUGUCCGUCCCCGCGCCGCCGUCCCCGCCGCUAGCCUCGCCCGCCUCUCCCCACUCCGCCGCCACGGACUGCAGCACCAGCUCGUCGGGCGCCAGCACCAUGGUGCGCAGCAACCACAGCUCGAGCACAGACUCGCUGGCGGAGCCCCAGGAGCUGUCGCCGUCCAGGAGCCACAAGCCCCUGUCCCGGCAGGCGAGCCACCCGCCCUUCCCGCUGCUGCGCCAGUGCCCGCCCACGCCGACCCACCACGCGCGGCCCGUGGAGCCCGCGGCGUCCCAGGCGCGCGUCCCUGCGCUCGGGCACCUGGCGUCCACCCGCCUGCCCUCCAUCCCCGAGCGCACCGCGCGCAGCCAGCGCCUGGAGCUGCCCGCCGACGAGGAGAGCCUGCCCCCCUACUGGGAGGCGAGGAUCGACAGCCACGGCCGCAUAUUCUACAUCGACCACGUGAACAGGAUGACGACGUGGCAGCGCCCCACCUCCAGCUCCGGCACCCGCGCGCGGCCAAUCAGCAACGAGUUGCAGAGACAGCAGUUGGAUCGCAGGUACCAGAGCAUCAGGCGCACCAUCACGUCACGGCGGCUGGAGGCGGACGACGCCGCGCCGGACUCUGCCGGCGGCUCGGAGCCGCAGCAGCAAGGCGCCGUGCACCACAUGCCGGCCGUCAAGUUCAUCUGCCGGCCUGACUUCUUCUCCAUCCUGCACACCAACCAGGAAGCGCUGGUGCUGUACAAUCGCCACACCUCGCUGAAGCACAUGCUGUCGAAGAUACGGCGUGACCCACACGCCUUUGAGCGCUACCAGCACAACCGGGACCUGGUGGCGCUCGUCAACAUGUUUGUGGACGCCUUGCGAGACCUUCCGCGCGGCUGGGAGACCAAGUUCGACAGGAACGGCAAGCAAUUCUUCAUUGACCAUACGUCCAAGACCACCACUUUCAUUGACCCACGCGUGCCCACCGAAUGUCCCUACCUGAACCCCCACAAGCUCAUGUUGCCCGGCACGAGGAGACGGAGCCGCAGUGCGGGCGAGGAGGAGCUGGGCCACUCGCGGGCCCCGGUGCCGCCUCCGCGCCCGCCGCUCGGCUGCGCCUGCGCGGUGAGCCACGCGGCUGUGCCCCCCGCGCCGCGCGGCCCCCCCCGCCCGGAGAUCCCCACCGCCUACAACGAGAAGGUGGUGGCGUUCCUGCGGCAGCCCAACAUCGUGGACAUCCUGAAGGAGCGGCACCCAGCCGUGGGCACCGCGCAGAGCCUGCGCGACAAGAUCAACGCCGUGCGCGUGGACGGCACGCUGGCGCUGGACCGCCUCAGCGACGACCUGGACCUCACCAUCCUGCUGAGCCUGUUCGAGCAGGAGAUCAUGAGCUACGUGCCUGCGGUGCCCCCGGCCGCGCGCUCUCCCCGGGGCUCGCCCCAGCUGUCCCCGCAGGCGUCCCCGGGCCUGUCGCGGGCCAACGCCCGGGCCCCGGCGCCCUACCGCCGCGACUUCGAGGCCAAGCUGCGCAACUUCUACCGCAAGCUGGAGUCCAAGGGCUACGGCCAGGGCCCCAGCAAGCUCAAGCUGCACAUCCGGCGAGACCACCUGCUGGAGGACGCCUUCAACAAGAUCAUGGCGGCCUCCAAGAAGGACCUGCAGAAGAGCAAGCUGUACGUGACGUUCGACCGCGAGGAGGGCCUGGACUACGGCGGGCCGUCGCGCGAGUUCUUCUUCCUGCUGUCCCGGGAGCUGUUCAACCCCUACUACGGCCUGUUCGAGUACUCCGCCAACGACACGUACACCGUGCAGGUGUCGCCCAUGUCCGCCUUCGUCGACAACCACCACGAGUGGUUCCGGUUCAGUGGGCGUGUCCUGGGCUUGGCCCUGGUGCACCAGUACCUUCUGGAUGCCUUCUUCACCCGCCCCUUCUACAAGGCCCUGCUCAGGCUGCCGGUGUCGCUGAGCGACCUGGAGUCGCUGGACGCGGAAUUCCACCAGAGCCUGCUGUGGAUCAAGGAGAACGACAUCACGGGCGACCUGCUGGACCUCACCUUCGCCGUCACCGAGGAGGUGUUCGGCCAGGUGGUGGAGCGCGAGCUCAAGCCGGGCGGCCGCAACGUCAACGUCACCGAGAAGAACAAGAAGGAGUACCUGGAGCGCGUGGUGCGCUGGCGACUGGAGAGGGGCGUCGCGGACCAGACCGAGUCCCUGGUGCGGGGCUUCUACGAGGUGGUGGACCCCCGCCUGGUGUCGGUGUUCGACGCGCGGGAGCUGGAGCUCGUCAUCGCGGGCACGGCCGAGAUCGACCUGGCCGACUGGCGCAAGAACACAGAGUACAGAUCAGGCUACCACGACAACCACCCGGUGAUCCAGUGGUUCUGGACGGCCAUCGAGAGGUUCAGCAACGAGCAGCGGCUGCGGCUGCUGCAGUUCGUGACGGGCACGUCCAGCAUCCCGUACGAGGGCUUCUCCGCGCUGCGCGGCAGCACGGGCCCGCGCAAGUUCUGCGUCGAGAAGUGGGGGAAGCCCAACAGCCUGCCCCGAGCACACACGUGUUUCAACCGCUUGGACCUUCCCCCGUACCCAACGCCGGAAAUCCUGUACGAGAAACUGUUGCUGGCCGUCGAAGAGACGAACACUUUCGGGAUCGAGUGAGCUCGUGGGCCGCGGCAGACUCGUCGCUGCAUAACUGGGAAGGUUGGCAGCUGUGACUGAGAAGUAGUGUGUUUCGACGUGGUGGCAGCACGCGCUUCACGCGGGCGGUUCCUGCAGUUUAAACCAAAGAUGGACGAAUGUGUGGUUUAGCUUUUGCUUCCCCCCCACCACGCUGCGCAAUGUUGCGUUCCUGUGACAACUUGCUUCUGGUCAGUCUAGUUCGUGCUCCCACGCCACGCAGGUCGAUUCAUCCGCUGCACGUUUUUUAUCUCGGCAUCUCCUAUGCGUCCGAGUUGUUUGCGAGUCAUUUCUGGUUAGUGUUAUUUAUUCUUGUUGUGUUGUCACGUUACGGGCAGCUGCGUUAUAACCAAAGUUUUUUUUUUAAUGUAAUAUGUUCCUAUGUGUUCGUCCUCAGCUGAAUUUGAUGAGGGGUGUGUAGAAAAACUCGUCCGUCAUAAGCCAAAAUGUGCUAAAUUAUUGACUUUUCUGGUGUUUUAAAUUAAUGGUGAAGUAAUUUAUUGACUAUCUAUAUGCUCUCUACAAAUUUUAUUUUAGGAUAUUGUGUACAAACAGUCACUUUUUUGACGGUUCCUGCGUAAUUAGUCAAAAUACAAGACCUUUUCAUCCCUGAAUCAGCAAUUUGUGUUAAAUUUUAUAUUUUUAAGGGUGUUUUAACACGUGUAGUUUUUGAGUACUUGCCAUGUUUAUUUUAUCGCCACGAAAAUGCUGUAGGUGCAGUUUUUUUUUUUAAUUGACAUGGUACUUGUGUGUAUGGUGUUAUUUGUCCUACGUCAGAUUGUAGCCUGUUGGAAGCUUCAGAAAAGUGAUUUAUUAUAUCAAGUCAGUAUAUUGUGGCCAGUGAAGUGAACCGCUCAGUAGAAGUACCGUUUCUGAAUGUUGCUACAGAGACUAAGAGCCGAAUGAAAAUUACGUUUGCGUGCAGUUAAGUACAUAGUGUGGGACAUUGGAACCCCUGUUUACUCUCCUCCAAGGAGCAGAUAACAUUUCUUGAAUAAAGAUAAAAUUAUUUAUGUGCCAGGUAUGAUGCUGAUCACAAUUAAUUUGCCAAUUAUUGUUUUCAUCGCCACUGCUAUAUUGUAACAUUGACGAAGCACUGAAACAUAGUUUAAAGUAAUCAAAUUGUAUCCUGCACAAAUAUUAAACCUUUAAAUGUACGAAAUCAAAGGGUCUAAAUUUGGGGUUUUACCAUAUAAAGGAAUACACAAAACUGUGAUUUUUUUUAAAGUUUUGGCAAUGACUUUUGUGUAGAUUUGUGAGUGAACGAAAAUGGUAAGGCACGUUUAAAACUUUGGAAACUUGAUUACACAGUUUUCUUCCCUUGUAAUAUUAAAUAUUAAAUGCCGUGCUUUUAUUUAUAAGAAUCAAUACAAUGAAUUUAAAUCAAAAUAUUAAAAUAUAUUUCACUAUCUUAGUUUUGAACUAAUAGUUACAAUGUUAAGAUAAUUAUGAUACAAUUGAAGAUAUUAUAACUGAUACUAACUCAAAUUCAGGUCUAAAAUAAAAUACAUUUACUGCAUUAAGGAAAAUAUAUGAUGUAAUAAGAGUUAAAACAAAUGUAUGUACAGUAAUAGUCUCUACUUAGAUAUUGUAGGUCAGGGCUGUGUCAAUUUGAUGCUUAAUGUCAGUAACGACUCAUACUAGAUACAUAUGCAGGUAUUUCAAACUGUAUUUUGUGUAGCUGUUUAAAAGCUUGAAGUGUGAAUGAAGUGGUUACAUGGUGUGUGCCAAUUGCCACACAUCAGUGCAGUUAUUGCUGAGUUACGUCGUGAAGUCUACGUUAUAAUUCCCUCUCAAAGUCAUGGAUAUCAUCUGCACUGCCAAUGCGUACAUGGCCAGAAUGCAAUUUCACUACAGUGUAAUUCUUCUGUAGCUAAAUACGAGUUUUAUUAUUCUUUCACCAGCGUUUAUUUCUAUAUUUCAUUAAAAUUCAUUUAACAUGCUGAUUGUAUCAAAUUUUAGAAUUUUUUUAUCAAACAAAUUUAUUUUGCUGGCUCUAAAAUCUUAGUACAUAUAAUUAAUUUAAUAGCGUUGGUCGUGGAAAAAAAUUUGAAAAUGAAAUUUAACAGUUUUAAAUUAAACUUAUAUUUACUAGAACGCAUUAGACUGAUAACAAUGCAAAACAUCAAAAAAUAAACUGGUGUCAAUAUGUGAUGCAAAAAAAGUAUAUUUUAUUAAUUUUUCUUUUACUUUAUGUUGUAGCUUUAUAGUAGCCUUUUUUUUUAUCAUCUGAUAAAUCCACAAUAGCUGGGGAGAAAAUGCUUUAUAUACUUAUUAUGAUUAUGUAAACUAUUUCUUCUAUUCAGUAAAACGUUUUGACCCACCUUGCCAUUAAUUUAACUGAUUCUAGAAGAUAGUUAAAUAUUUAUUGACAAAUGUUCAAAUUGGCACAGCUGUAGCUUAGGUUUUUUGUAGAGUUAAAGAAUUUCAGAUGAAGCUAUUUCAGAUAACUGCAAGUUUUUUGAUCAGAAAAAAAAAUUUUUUUGAGCACACUAUUAUAAUGUGGACGUGUUUGCUGUAAAUCCGGCCAACCAAAGCUUGCCUUCAAAAGAUUUUACACGUGAUUAGAAGAGUGAAGUAUCGAGUAUCGGGUCAAACUUUCAUUUGCGUCCACGUUGAAUCGUUUAGCACUUGGUCGCGUCUUGAGUGGUCGGGUUGCCCUGCUGCGAUGUUCAACCUGUAAGACAACAUUGUCGCAUUGUAUUGUAGGAUGUUUUCUCGAGUCCACGCCUGGCAACCCCGCCAAGAUGCCUCCGAGGGCUUGCUUUGUUCACUCGCCAUUGUGAUAAACGAGAACCUCUCAGGGCUGUGACCAGCAACCGUGGGUUUGCGUAAUGCACCAAGCGUUUCUUGAGUUGGCAGUCCCUCGUCCACCACAUAGUUUGCAUUGUAAAUUCUUUGGUGAGUGUUUUGACUUUAAGCCAUUUAUGUCGUUUUCCCAUUCUCUCGUGUGCUUUUUGUUUUCUAUGUGGUCGAAAGUUAUUGUGUAACACUAUCUUUAUCCAAUCACUAAAGUGACUUUUUAAAAAUAUUGAGUUGUGGGUUUUAGUUUUUAUGAUUUUCUACCUGUAAAAUAUAUUUUUGUUGUGAGUGUUUUAUAAUUGUUAUAUGUAGUAUUUAAAUUAUUAAUGCAACAGUAAUAAUACUUAUUAGAUUCAAAGAAAGAAUGCUUAUGUUUACUGAGAUUAAAAAAUACUCGCAAGCAAAAAUAUGUUAUAGCAUAGGUUUCAACCCUGUACAUCUGAAAUACAAGUCACAAAUUACAAAUCAAUAAUGGUCUUGUAUUUGAAAUUAUCUAAAAAUAAGGUACCUAUGUUUGACAUUCCAGAAUGGUAAACAAAUUUAUUCUGAUUCCUAACAGAAUUUUAUUUUAUUUUUUUUCCCAAUUAUUUUCCCCAUUUAUUAAAUUCAUCUAUAUUUAUUAUAAAAUAUUGAGGAAGUACAUAACUAAGUAUAUUAAGAUUGUGUUGAUGAGUAUUAUGAGAAAACUUCUAAAUGUUAUUUACAUGAUAUUUAUGUUAUUUAAUGAGUCUACUUCUCUCUUUCCCAUAUCCUUCUCUUUUCUACUUCUGUUAUAGAUGGUUUUAUCUUGUUUCUCUGUUUUAGUGAUUUGUGUUAUUUAAUUUAUUUAUUUAAUUAAGAAGCUAGUUUAGAACAAUGAACAUAUUGUCAUGUUACUGUAGUGUUUUUUUAUGUGUUGAAUGUAGUGUAUUUCAAAUGGACAGACAAUUGAUUGUACAAAAUGUAAUUGUAAUCAAAUACGUAUAUUCAAUAUAUUUCUGUUGAUAUAUUUAUUUGCUGUUGAGUAAUGUUAUUAAGUUGUGAAGUGACACUACUAUCUGUGCUAGUCAGUAUUUUUAUUUAUUGCAUGUUUGUAAGAGAGUAUGACUGAAAUAGUGAUACACACUGCUCACUUUCACGUUUGCCACAUCUACUGUUUGCUGUUAAUUUAAUACUCGUAUAGGUAUGCACGUUAUGUAUGUGCAUACAAUUGUCUUGAUGUGGGCCAUAUAUCUUUAUCAUCUACAAUGUUUGUUUCACUUUUGGGAAAUUUAUGCUUGGUCAUCAAAAUUUCAUCAUGUCAUAAUAUAUUCAACAAACGAAAAGAACAUUUGUUAUGAACAAAUAAAUUUAAGACUACAGUU